UGACUUUCACGUUAUAUUCACACGCGAGAGAAAGCAGUUGAAUUUCGGCGCGGCUAGCUCAGUCAAUAAACUAGAUAACUUUUCGGAAUUAUGAAUUCUCAACAUGGCGUUGGCCAUAAUGAGAGCCCCGUCAGAUCGGCAGCUAAUCCGUUAUUGUUGUUGAUUCAUUAUCAAUGUUUUUGGGAGACGAUAAUAAGACAGUGGUGAGCGACACGAAUCGUCGAUUCAGUAUAAAAAAUGGGUAAUUACUGGUAUGUCAAGCAGUCGAUGGGAUCGUUAUCAAAUAUUGGAAUGACGAUGACGAGGCACUGAUCGUCGUAACAGUGAUGAAAAUCAAUUGACGUGAGAGAUCAAAAUCAAGGGUCUCUCUUCAACUUUCUCCCCAAAAAAUGGAGGACUACACUCCCGUGGAGGAGGACUUCCCUGGUCGUUUACUCCACCAGGCAGCCCUUUGGGACAACGCCGAGCUCCUGGAGGAUCUCCUCCGAGGCGAUCACUCCCAAUACAUAAACAGCCAAGACUCGUGGGGUCGCACAGCCCUCCACGCCGCGGCGAUAACCGAGAACUCGCGUUGUUUAGUAGUUCUUCUGUCGAACGGUGCAAACCCGAACAUUCCUUGUGGCCCUCGAGGUCAGCAUCGCACGGCCCUUCACAUCUGCACUGAUCACGGUCACAGUGAAAACAUCUCAAAGCUCCUGGAGCACCACGUGGACCUGGCGGUCCGCGAUAGCAACGGCUUGACCCCCGAGGACAUCGCGGCUAAGAAUAACGACAAGCAAUCGAUCAGUCUGUUAGUCGAAGCCUCGGAGAAAUGCGAACUCCUUCGGCUAGCCACCCACGCAUCGCUCCGAGCGGCUUGCUUGCAGGGCGACACAAUAUCCGCAAGAACCAUUAUCCAAAGUUCCUCUGAAUGCCUCGAAGCCAUUGUAAACAUGGCACCAAAUGGAGCAAACACCCUUCUCUUCAUCACUUGCGAGAUGGGUCACAAAGACAUUGUGCGUCUCCUGCUAGAUCACGGGGCUGACUGUCGAAGCCACCCAGUGACCAAAUACACUCCCUUGUACAUCGCUUGCUACAACGGAAAGCUGGAGAUCGUUGAUCUCCUCCUUCGUCACUUUCCAAAGCAAAUUCAGUCCCUGACUGUCGAACGCUGGCUGCCCAUCCACGCAGCGACGAUCAACGGUCACGCCGCUGUCGUAGACCUUCUUCUAAGGUUCGAGUAUCCUCAGCACAUGUGUCUAAGGUUCAAAGAUCCCUCCGGGGAGUUCGAGUACGAUAUGCCUUUCGAUAUUAACACACAAGACGUGACGGGCCAGAAUGUCCUCUACAUCGCAAGUAUGUUAGGAAAUCUUAAAAUAGUGGAAACUCUCCUGGGGUACAAAGUUAAAUCUGUGAAAAUUAAUGAAGAGGAACCUCCACAGACUUCAGAACAGUUUCCCAUUGCCAAACGCAGGAUAUCGACUGGGAUUCAGAGGCUCAUGUCUUCUCUCAACUUCAGGAGCAAAUCUACCGAGCAGAAGAAGGAUGACAAUUCUAUAUGUCCUUUACAACUCGACAUUUAUUGCAACAACAGCACUGAGACUGCACUUCAUACUGCUGUCAAGGCAGGUCACACCGAAGUUGUAGCGAUAUUGUUGCAAUCCGGGAGCAAUCCAAAUUUGCCGAUUAAAACGUACACUCGAUCCUCCGUUAACAAGUCUGAAGGUGAAACCGAGGCUGUGAAUGAUCUCACACUUUUGACAAUAGCUUGUCACAACAGAGACGUGAAAAUUGCUGAUUUGUUGUUAAAAUAUGGAGCUGUGGAUAACGAAUGCAGAGCCUUGAAAAUAGCGGCUCAAAAUGGGGACGAGAUCCUUACAGCCAAAUUGCUUUCAAUCAAGGCACACCCUGAUCCUGACUACAAGAUCAAUAAGAAAGCGAUGACAGAGGGAACUCAGACCUCGCACUUCUCAGCCCUUUCCAGCUUUGGAAACGUAACAUACCCCUCUUUAUUUCCAAACACCCCCACCAUGAUCAACUGGCACGAUCAGCAGUGCAGAUUAUCGCAGAUAAGAAUCCAGUGGCUGAUCGACGCAGUCCUCCACGUGAAUAAAAAACUGAGUGGAAAGAAUAAUGACCUCGCACUGUACGCAAUAACUCGAAUCGAUAUAUCUCAUAAUUCUAUCACCACGAUACCGUCCAUGAUAUUCUACCUGCAAAGCUUGAAAUACCUCAACAUGGCGCAGAAUAAGAUUGACACUCUCACCGAAAAGCUUGAGACCGAUAAAAGGCCGAGAGAUGGAAGGGACAAGUUAUCCCCAGUUUUGGAAGAGAUGUACCUACAGGACAAUCGUUUGGAGAAGCUACCGGAAUUUCUGAUGAUUUUACCGGCGUUAGAAAUUCUGGACGUCUCCAACAACAAGCUUCAACGACUGCCAGAUAAUCUCUGGAGAGCGCCGAAGCUGAAGGAACUCAACGCUUCCUUCAAUCUCCUUCGAGAUCUGCCCAGCCAGGUCUCCCAGAAUAUUUCGACUCGACGGGAAAUGGGUCUAUCGAGCACCAAUAACUUCGAGUUUUCUUCAAGACCCCCGACAAGUAAUAGCACUCACGAAGGACUUGAAAUCACGGCAAUAAGUCGAGAUGAUUCAGCGGAAUUCGAUUCUUUUACGAAGUUGACAAACGCUCAGAUAAUAGAGAUGGAUAGGCCCCACGUGUGGACAAAGUCAGUGAGAGUUUCCGAGAAGAUAAACGAUGAUUCAGAGCCAGGUGCACGGUCAGUCCUCACAUCGCUUAAUCUUGCCCAUAAUUUGUUUAAUAGUAUUCCUGUAGCUUUACCUUGUCUAGCAGUUAGUUUAGUGAGAUUAAAUAUGGCUUAUAAUUCAUUGCGAUCGAUGAGUCAUAUAACUUCGUACCCAGCCAGUCUCAAGCAAUUGGAUUUAUCGAACAAUCAGAUAUCCUGCUGGCCGAGUUUACCACAGGUGGAUCCCAGUUGCACAGACUCUAUGGAGCAAGCCUCCACUGCAUGCUACUGUCCCUCGACUAAUAUUCAAUCCCCGAUAAUGAAUUCUGUUGCCAGUAAUAGGACAAGUUGUGGAGGUGCGUCAUUGAGGGAUAUCGUUCUCAUGUCUGUGUGCAAUCACAGGAGACACUUGAGACUGGAAAAUUUGAGGACUUUGGUUCUCGCAAAUAAUUUAUUAACCAGAAUUCAAUUGACAUCGGUUGAUGAUGGAGAGAAUAUUCUUGGUUUUGACGAAAGUGGUAGGUGUUAUUAUUACAGCGAUGGUGAUCGUCAUAGUGAGUCAGAUCGUGAGAGUAAAUUAUCGAAGAACUCAGCAACAAUGUCCACACAAACCCAUCAGAAUCAGUACUCGAAGCUUUAUCUGUUGUUUCCAAACGUCUCAAUGCUGGACGUUAGCAACAAUAGCCUGAAGGAAAUACCCCAGAAUAUUUACGAACUGAGUAAUUUGUCGGUUCUGAAUAUAAGUGGAAACAUUGAAAUCAGUGAGCUGCCUCCACAGAUGGGUUUACUUUCUCGUCUGUGGAAUCUUAACACACAGGGCUGUAAACUUCAGGAACCCUUGAAGACGAUGAUUGAAUCAAAGAAGUACAAAACGAUGGAUGUUGUGGGGUACCUAAAAUCGAUUCUAGAAGACGCGAAACCCUACGCAAGGAUGAAAUUGAUGAUUGUAGGGAUCCAAGGAAUAGGGAAGACUAGCUUACUCGAGCAACUGCGUCAGGAGGGGGAGGUUCCCAAUAAGAAGAGAUCUGCGGAGCACUGGGCCAAGCGAAUGGGGAAUAAGAACAUCAAUACGAAGACGGCUCGUGGUACAACAAUUUCUACUGUUGGGGUAGACAUUGGAGAUUGGGUUUAUGAGAAGAAGGUUCGGGGACAGUCGUCGCAUGGGGCCGUAUACUUCAGGACAUGGGAUUUUGGAGGACAGAAAGAGUAUUAUGCUACUCACCAGUAUUUCUUGUCGAAACGAAGUUUGUACCUGGUCGUCUGGAAGAUAACGGAUGGGUUUAAAGGAGUUUUUGAGAUAUUCCAGUGGCUGGUUAAUAUCCAAAGCAGAGCUCCAAACUCUCCUGUGAUAAUCGUAGGAACCCACUACGAUGUGUCCAAUGAACAAAGCGAAGUUCUCCAACAAUACAUCAGAGAUAAAUUUAUAAACGUCGUUGAUGCUGAAAAGUGUGGCCUGCCCAAGGUCAUGGAGACUAUUGAGGUGAGUUGCAAGACUCGUCAUAAUAUCAAGAUGUUGUGUAACCUGAUUUAUGACGUAGUGUUCAGUCUUAAAUCCCCGGGAAGCAAGGAACUAUUAUUGGAACAAAGAGUUCCGGCUAGUUAUCUAGCCCUCGAGGACGUUGUCGUUCAAUUGGCGCAUGAUAGAAAGCUUUCUGGCGCUGAUCCUGUCCUUAGAGCUGACCAAUAUUAUGCAGCUGUUAAUAACGAACUCCAGAAGCUGCAUAAAUCCUUCCGGGAUCUUGCUGAACUACACCAGGCGACGCUCUUCCUGCACGAGAAUGGAAUAAUCCUUCAUUAUGAUGAUGCUACUCUGAAGGAUCUUUACUUUCUGGAUCCUCAGUGGCUCUGCGACAUGCUCGCUCAUGUCGUCACCAUUAGGGAGAUCAAUCCCUUCGCAAGGGCGGGGAUAAUGAAACUGGAUGACAUUCAACACGUGUUCAAGUCAUCUACUAUAUCGUCGGUGGACACUCAGGGGUACAUCGUGAGUCUACUCAAUAAAUUCGAAGUUGCUCUUACUUGGGACUAUCGAACACUCUUGAUACCUUCUCUACUGCCUACCGAGGAGGAUAUUCAGAGGAAUAACCAGAUUAUAAAAAUUCCGUUAAAGUCCAGAGGUUGGCAUGUUAGAACAAAAAAAAUAACAUCUCCAACUAACGUCCUGGACUCCAUGAUUGGUGACAGGAGGAAUAGCCGUCAUUUGGAUCUCACUCGUAACAACAAAACAUCAACCCUAACAUCCAGACCCCAGCCCGAUUGCUCAGUGACAAGACUACUGCUGAUGUCGUAUUUUCCGAGUGGAUUCUGGUCUAGAUUGAUCACCAGGAUUCUCGCUGAUGAUACCAUUGUCGAUAUCGUAAUGACCUUCAUAACCCCAUUCAAAGAUUUCGUUGAUGACAAUAUAUUCUCUACUUUAUUGGAUAACAAUGCUGAAUGGAUUGUUUGGCAGACUGGUCUAGAGCUACGUUACGCAGGAAUUACAUUGUUAAGACUCAAAGAAGUCAACUGGAAAAUGAAAAAUGCUCCUUACGACUACAGACAAUUGAAAUUUAUGUUAAAACAAGAUGGAACCUGGUGCAGUGUGGAUUUGAAGAACUCGGCAAUCUUGGAAAUUUGGUUUCCAGUGGAUACUCUAGUCAUAAAACAGCCGAUAAUGUCGUCCCUGUCUGCCGAGGGAGGCGAAGACGAAGAGCCCAUGGGGUACCAGGCGAUUGUUGUGGAGCCUCGCCCCGAAAGUAUGCCACAGUUACUCGCGCUAAUUGUCGAUCACAUUGACAUCCUCCUCGAGGACUGGUACCCCACGUUGGGAACUCGUUUUGUUCACACAUCGGAGGGAAAACUUCUAGUGACGCGAUUGAUCCCCUGUCCCAGAUGUCUCUUAAACGCCACAAACGGUAAUUCCGAUAAUGACCGAAGCGAUCAGGAGACGUCAGCGUCGGGAGGAUCGAUGGAAGUACUCGCUGAGGGUGAUGAAGAGACCUCCAAAUCCCCUGACGACUGCUGCACUUAUCAUCAGCAUCACGAGCGUCAGAGCCAGGACAGUUGUAAGUCGGAUGGCGACAGUGGAGUUGGUUAUGACAGCUCUGCCUCCAGUCGCAUGCCCUCCCUCGAGGGUCACCCAGAUAUGACAGCUCGUCAAUCGUCAAAUAAGAACUGGAAUGUGGAAGGAAUCACUGUUUAUUCGUGGAUGGUGGAGGAGUGCAUUCUUUCGGCAUACAGUAACAAAACUAUCGCGUGCCCGAAGCACCUGGACAUUCCAUUAUCUCACGUAGCUCCGGACAUCAUCUUUAUGGAUCUUGGUGCAAGACACUUGAUUAAAUCUGAUGACAUCAAGAGAGGAAGAAUGCUGGGACGAGGUGCCUUUGGAUUUGUCUUCAAAGGCACUUGCAAAGUUUCCAGCGGAACUCGAGGAGAGACAAUGGACGUUGCUAUGAAGAUGCUACAACCAGUCCCUCCGGGGCCUAAUUCUAAACCUUCGGCGGUCUUGGCUUACAAGGCAGCCCAGAGCAAAUGGGACAGAGAUCCACUUCAGUACGCUUGCAAGGCUUACUGCACAGCCAGACAAGAACUCAACAUCUUAUUGACGUUAAGACACACCAACAUUGUUCCUCUCAUCGGAAUCGUCAUCAGUCCCCUAGCUCUCGUUCUCGACUUAGCCCCAGAAGGAGCAUUAGACAAUGUUCUGAAGAACUAUCGAAGAUCAGGAGCUAAACUAGAUCCUCACACCCUUCAGUCCAUAAUUUUACAGGUCGCAAAAGCUGUAGAGUACCUCCAUCAGCAACACGUCAUCUACAGAGAUCUCAAGUCCGAAAAUGUUCUAGUAUGGAUGAUGCCUCAGCCACAUCAGCACUACUUGGAGCACCCGGUUCACGUCAAGGUCGCCGAUUAUGGAAUCUCCAGGUUAACCCUGCCAUCGGGGGCUAAGGGAUUCGGUGGCACUGAGGGCUUUAUGGCGCCUGAAAUAAUAAAAUACAAUGGAGAGGAGGAGUACACUGAGAAAGUUGAUUCCUUCUCCUUCGGGAUGUUCAUCUACGAGCUCGUGACCCUUCGACAACCGUUUGAGGGGCAUGAAGCUGUGAAGGAGUGCAUCUUGGAGGGUGGUAGGCCUCCUCUAUCUUAUAGGGAGACUCUAUACCCCUGUUAUGUUCUCGAUUUGAUGGUCAUCUGUUGGGCGCAGAAUCCUAAAGAUCGUCCCACUGCUAGUCAAAUCGUCUCAAUUGCGUCGGCUCCUGAAUUCACCCAUCUUAUUGAUGUUACGCUAUUGACGGAGAGAACACAAGUUACUGCGAUCACAGCAACUUCUAGACCUCCAGCGUCAGCUGGUUCUAACGAAAGCUUUUUCGCUGAUGAAAUCUGGCUGGGGCACAAUAAUGGAGAAGUCGACAUGCUUCUAGGUACUGAGAAGGGCUGGCUUCAACAUGUGAGGAUCGAAACCCCAGUGAUCCCUUAUGCUAUGUCUGGAGUCGAUGGUUACAUCUGGAUUGGAGACAAUGCUGGGCAGAUUCAUGUGUAUUUGGCCACCAAUUUCGGUUGUGUUGCUAGUUAUUAUUUGGAGUCCGAUCAGAAUCUCUACAGGGAAUCCAAGAUCGUGGGGCUAAUUCAUCUGGAGAGCAUUAAGCACUUUGCAGUUGCUCUGCACAGCGGGAAGAUCUAUUUAUUGACCAAUAAUUUCACACAGAUGAAGAAGACGGAAAUUGUUAAGAGUGUUAAGGAGAACAUCAAGACAUACUCGCUAGCUGCUGUGCACAGGAGAAGGAGAAUCAUUGAGCUCUGGGUUGGUCAGAGUUUUGGCGGGAUCGCGAUCUAUGUUAUCAAAGAGAAUGGAAAUUUAGUUGAUACUUGUGAGGUUGUUCACAUACAGAAUGAAACCUCUAGCAAGAAUCUUUUUGCUACGUAUUUGCUGAGUGCUGAAACGUCGGUUCUCUCUUAUACGUAUCCUGGGUGCAUCGUUUAUCAGUGGGACGUGGAGACGAGGCAGAUUAUCAAUAAGUUGGAUAUGUCGAAGCUGGUGCCGUGUUCGGAGAGCUUGAAAUCCAUUUCUAUCGAGGAGAAUUUCACAACUGAGAGGUGCCAAGUGACUGCUCUUGAAGUCUGCAUGAAUCAGUUAUAUAUUGGGACCACCUGGGGAUGUAUUGCUGUUGCUGAGUGCAACUCACUGAGACCCAUCACUGUGUUUAGACCGUUCGAAGGGAAGGUCUCGGAAAUCGUUGCGUUGAAAUCCCCGGAUAAAAAGCGAUUGACUCUAGCGACUGUCGGGCAGGGGUAUAGAAGUCUCAUCUCAAGGUAUACUGAUUAUCCUAUUGAUUGCUUGCUUGCUGAAGAUCUCAGACAUAAUAUGUACACACUGUUGUGGCGCGCUGAGAAUUGGUCCGCUGCCUAAUUGGGAUUUUUUUUUGGUACAUUGUUGAGGGUGCUGGGAGGUUGUGAAGUGGUGGGCGGAAGAAAUCCACUUGUUAAAAUAUUUAGUAGAAAAUGUAUGCACUCACUAAACAUUAUAUUGACUCUUUUAGAUGACCAGUGACCGUAAACAACUCAUAAAUUCAGGUCGGGUUUAUUAUGAAAGACGAGAAAUGAUGGUGGUUGGGGAUGUAGGAUUGCUUCGUUGAUUUUCUGUGCAAGAUAUGUAGAGAAUAUUUAUGAAUUUGACAUUAAUUCAAGAUCUAUUAGCUAUCUGUCAAGAAGAGACUGGAUACAUAAUACAUAAUUGUUGAGUCAUUAAGUAUUGAAAGAGUUAAUUCAUCUGCAUUUUCCAUAAGAAAAUGAAAACUAAAAGUAUUUCUCAGGAAUUCAUUCUUUAGAAUAAACUCGUCAUUACUCUUUGUGCGAUUGUUGAAAUAAUAUUUUCGAAUCUGUGGGAGAAGGGAAGGAUUAUUGCAAAGUCAUCAUUACAAUUUUGCUAUCUGCUUUAAAUCCAAGGAUAUUCAUAAACAACGGUGAGCAUCAAGCUGAACUAAUGAACUAAUUCGUUUACACCACUUCACAACCAUAUUCAUUACUAACUCAUGAUCAUAAUGUAUGAUGAGAGGAAAAGGUCAUAGAGAUGAGAGUUUUUUCCGAACCGCAUUUUUAAUAAGAAUACGUCCACAGAUGUUUAAACAUAAAUGUUAUUCAGAAGAACAUUAUCUCAUUAAAAUUUUUUAGUCAUGAGUACAGUCAUGUGAUUGUGUAAAUAAUUUUUAAGGUACAAUAAUGCAGGAUUAUUGAGUAGAUUGAUAAUUGAAAUUUAAGGCAGUUGUUCACAGUGAGAUAUUAAAUAAGAUUAACAAACGUUUACUAAGAUCACGCACGAAAAGCUUUCAUUUUAAAAAGUUGGGAUUUCUAUUGGAAAUCGAUCGGUGUUUCUGUUAAUUCUAAUCAUCCGAAUUUUAUUUAUCUACACAACUUACUCCAUUGCGAUAUUUUCUAUUGACAUUUUUGGACACUUUUUCCACUUUUUUCCAAGUUGUUGUUUUCUUUAUUUUAAAAAAUCAUCUCAUCACGAAGAAGUUUGGAUAAACUAGUUGAGCUUUUUCCGUAGCGAUUAUCUUAAUAGAAUAGGAAAACACAAAGUUUUUCUAUGGAAAUGUUACGCACCCCGUUCAUCUUCCAUUUAACGCAGUCCAUACGUAUUUUGUAAUUGAUUAAUAUUAAUUAAAAAAUAUGCUCUGACUUGGAUCGUAUUACUGGUGAUAAUCAGAAAGAGAUCAUAUUAUGACGUAACGUCGAGUGGUUUUCAUUGAUAUGUAAUCGUGAUAGUGGUUGUUAAUUCCUUUUACGUGGUAUUUUACGAGCAUUAUUGUGUAAUUUUUAUCAGUUUUUUUUAGAAUUUUUCAAAGAGAUGGUCUAUAACAUUUACUAAAUGAUUCAAUGGUCAUUAAUGAGUGAGAAUAAUUUUUUUAGCUAUUAAUAAUCGUGUACCUCAUUUUUUUCUAUUUAUUUAUUCACUGUAUUCAGUAAAUUAUGUAUAGAUAGCUAGACUACUUAAUUUGUUGUUGAAAAUAUUAAUGAUUGAAUAAAAAUUGGAAUGAACAUUACAA